GAGAGUGAAUAGGGAUGUCUCCACAAGAGCUGGCAGAAAGAAAAAACUGAUAGAGAACUUUCAAGCCUCCUUUCUUCAACAUCACUCAACUAAUAGCCUCCAAACUGAAGUCUUAUAAUCUCCCAAGCUUUAGUUCUCCAUCCCAUCUCCCAUCCAAAAAACAAAAUCACAUUUUUUAAAUCCUUUUUUUCAUCUGUCUUUCUUUGUCGUCUCCAUGAGACCAGAGGGAAACCCACUAGACCUCAACAACUUACCUGAGGAUUAUGCAAGAGAUGCCAAACUUGUCCCUGAGGACAGCUCCUCUUCUGCUGCAGUAUACAGGAAAAAGAAAAGCGGCGCUAAGGAAGGAAAAGAUGAAGCCUCUAAGGUGUAUGAGUGCAGGUUUUGUUCCCUCAAGUUCUGCAAAUCCCAAGCCCUCGGCGGCCACAUGAACCGCCACCGCCAAGAGAGGGAGACGGAGACAUUGAACAAGGCAAGGCAACUGGUUUUCACCAAUGAUUUAGCUCCCACAGGCCACCUAAGCUACGUCUCAACAGGGCAGCCGGUUCCGGUUCCGCAAGGAGGGGAGGGAGCGAUGCCGUUCAGGCCGGUGUAUCCGACGAGGAUGAUGCCUCCUCCUCCUCUGUACGCGUCGCCGCCGAGGAUGGUGUCGUUCCAUCCGGAGUACUUGGUGGGGCAUGUGAUGGAGGGGGAGAAUAGGUACACGUGCAUAGGGGCGCCGGUGGGGCAGGGGUUCGCCGGCGGUAGAAAUGAGGAGGAAGGAGUGGGGUGGGGCCGGAGGUAGACAAGGACAAGAUUGGAAAACGUUUUGGAUUGUAUAUGUCGAUCAAUCCGCAUCAACAUGGAUUCUUUUCUUUUGUUUUUCUCUCUGUUUUUUACUAUCAUAACUGUUUUGCUACCUCUUAAUUUCUCUCUCUCUCUCUCAGACACAAUCAAUCCAAAAACAUGCUGACAAAUCUUUCAAUGCUCA